UGCACUGCUAGAUGAAUUGAAAUGUGCACUGCUAUUGAAAGCCUUGUUGAAAGUAAAUUAGUACACAUUUUCAGCUAUAUUUUGAACACAAUCAAAUCACCAUGGUAACAUCAUAGUGUUAUCAGGAAAGAUUUCCAUAUGAUCCUUUGUGUCUAAUGUUACUCCAGUAAUUUUGCAUUUAGAAUUUGUGUAGCAGUGCAUUUAUAUGUAUUUAAAAUUAUCAAAAAAUACAAAUCAUGAGAUUUAAUGAGAAGGAAAUAGCCUCAGUUGCAAACAGACCGGGUGAUAAAGAAGGCAGAUUAUUUUAUAAAGGGCCGGGUUUCAGAGAAGUUUUUAAAGAAAGGUGGUUCAAACUGAAAGGAAAUCUGUUGUUCUACUUUCGAUUAAAUGAACAUGGAGCUGUCUUUGAAAAUGAACCCAUAGGAGUGCUAGUUGUUGAGCAAUGCAGAAUCCAACCAGAGUUAUAUGCUGAAUUGCCUAAUGCUUUUUCUAUAACAUUUGCAAAUGAGUUAGAGAGAAGACACUAUUUUGGUUCUCAUUCGCCAAGACAAAAGGAAGAUUGGAUUAAUGCUUUAAAAGAGUGCAGUUAUGAACACCAACGAUCAAUGUUAAAACAGUUGCAAACUACUCUUCUAGAGCGAACAGGAUCAGAUCCUCUUGCUUCUUUUUCUGCUAACUUAAAUGAGAAAAGUAUAGAAGAAACAGAUUCUGACAGUUAUUUUAAUCGUGUUCAUUAUUUCUCAAAGUCUAACACAGAGUAUGCAAAUCUUCUGUAGACUGAAGGAAGUAAAGUGCAGUAUUAUUGGACCAUGUUUAGAGUGCCUUUUUCUGAUGAAAAUUUGGAUUGAUUAUAUUUUGACAAAUGAUAAAGCAUCAGUGAUGUUAAUGAUUAUAAAGAAUUCUGGAUAUUUUCCUGCCAGUAUUUUAUAUGUAUUUUCAUGUUAUUGAAUUAUAUUUUUCAUUGUUAUUGUAAUUAAAUACUGAUACAAUAGUUUGUGAUCAUAUUUACAAAUGUAAAUUUUAUGUAUAAAUAUAAACUUUUUGUCCUUUUUAAAAAAAAUUCAAUGCAUAAAGUCACAUUUAAGAAUUGUU